AUGGUUACAUUUAAUGAACCAACAGCAGGAAUGUUUAUAUGGAUGAAAGUCAAUGGUAUUGAUGAUACAAGAAAAUUAAUCUAUGAAAAAGCACUUGGACAAGAAGUAUUACUUUUACCGGGAAGUGCAUUUUUUCCUGAUCAAUCAAAAACUUAUCCAUAUGUUCGAGUUUCCUAUUCACUUUGUACACCGGAACAAAUUGAAACAGGUAUGGCUCGUUUUGGUAAAGUUCUCCGUGAAGAACUACAUAAAUAG